AUGCUGAUGAUGCCACCAAAGCUGACAAUUGCCAAGGUCUUCAGCGAGAUGAAGGCAAUUGCUCACUCAGCAGGCAAAGAGUCUCAAAAGGCCAAGAAGGAGAAAAUUCAGAAGCUUCUGGUGGCCUCUAGAGGAGAGGAGGCAAAGUUCAUCGUGCGCAUGCUGCAAGCGAAGCUGCGAAUCGGAAUACAAAUACCAACGCUUCUUCAGGCUCUGGCUUACGCCUUCACGCUCACGAAGCCCGGCAAGUCUUGCGGACCUGCCGCUGUGACCGACAGGAGACAUGGCCAGGCCAAGCUGUCCGCAGCGGAGCUGGAGCCACAGAUGAUCGGCAUGGAGGCCGCGGUAAAACAAGCCUUCAGCGAGAUGCCGAACUUUGACAAGCUGGUUGCAGCUCUCAUGGAGGGCCGAGACGGAAGCUCCCUGCUUCAAGUUUGCAGCAUCUCUGUCGGAGUUCCAGUGAAGCCAAUGCUGGCCAAACCGUCCAAGGGCAUAGCCGAGGUCGGUGAAAGGCUGUCGGGAAAGCGAUUUACCGGUGAGUGGAAAUACGACGGCGAGCGGGCUCAAAUCCAUGUCCUGUCCAAGGACGUCAUCCAGAUCUACAGCCGGAACUCUGAGAACAUGACGGAGAAGUACCCUGAUGUCAUCGAGGUAGUCAAGCAAUCGCUAGCAGAGGACGUCCAAAGCUGCAUCAUCGACAGCGAACUGGUAGCUUUCGACCAGGUCAACAGGAAGAUUUUGCCUUUUCAGGUGCUGACGACAAGAGGCCGCAAGAACAUUACUGUGGAGGACAUCAAGGUCAACGUCUGUCUCUUUGCCUUUGACUGCAUGCUGGUGAACGGACAACCUUUGGUCAAGGAGCCACUGGAACUCAGGAGGGAGAAGCUGUGGAGCAUCCUGUCACCUGCUGAGGGCAAGGUCACGUUUGCAGUGUAUCGAAAUUUCAACGAAAUCAACGAGGAAGAGAUUCAGGCAUUCUUGGAUGAAUCAAUUGCAGGGUCGUGCGAGGGAUUGAUGCUAAAGACCCUGACCGAGAAUGCAACAUACGAGCCGUCCAAGAGAUCGCUCAACUGGCUGAAGUUGAAGAAGGACUACCUCGAAGGAAUGGCUGACAGCAUCGAUGUGGUGCCGAUAGGGGCCUACUACGGGAAGGGCAAGCGAUCUGGAGCUUACGGUGCAUACCUCCUUGCAAUUUACGAUCAGGAGAACGAAGAAUUCCAGACUGUGUGCAAAGCGGGCACUGGCUUCUCUGACGAGGACUUGACAACACACUACAGCUUCUUCAAGAAUCACCAGCGUCCAUGUGCAGAGACCAAUUACAACGUGAACGACAAGCUGAAGCCAGACGUUUGGCUGGAGCCCUGUCAGGUUUGGGAGAUCAGAGCGGCGGAUUUGAGUAUCUCGCCCGUGCACACGAGCGCUUUCGGCGUGAAGGCUGAUGGAAAAGGAAUUGGUCUUCGAUUUCCGCGUUUCCUUCGAAUCCGAGAUGACAAGACUCCGGAGGAGUCAACCGGAUCCGAGCAGAUUGUCGAGAUGUUCGAGGCGCAGGCUUCCGUUUCGGGCACUGCAGCCGUAGACGACGACUUCUGA